AUGCAUCAAUUUUUCAAAGAUUCAUUUUGGGGUACGUUCUUCAAUUACGUGUCAAACCAUAGACUAUUUGUUCACAAGGAAGACCAAAAGGAUUAUGUUAUACCAGAAAAAUAUUUACCUGGAUACCAAGAAGAAGCUGUCGAUGUUGAGGCUGAAAUACAAAGUUCAAUUUCAUCAAUUGCUGAUGUCAAAGAUACCAUAAAUGACCAAAUUGUUGUAGGAUGGGACGGCGACGAUGACCCUGAAAAUCCUUAUAAUUGGCCAGUACAUCGCAAAGUCUUUCUUCUAGCAGAAGUUGCUUUCUUGACUGUAUCAGUAUAUAUGGGUGCUGCCAUUUAUACUCCUGGUGUCAAUCAAAUCAUGGAAAAGUUCGACAUUGAUCAAACUAAAGCUACCUUACCAUUGACUAUGUUUGUCAUCGGUUAUGGGAUUGGCCCAAUGUUUUUAUCCCCAAUGACAGAAAAUGCUGCAAUUGGUAGAACUCCAGUAUAUAUAAUCACGUUAUUCAUAUUCUUUAUUCUUCAAAUUCCAACAGCUUUGACUACCAGCCUUGCGGGCUUAAGUGUUCUUAGACUUAUUGCUGGUUUUUUUGCUUCUCCUGCAUUAGCUACAGGUGGAGCUACUGUGGGUGAUGUUAUUACCAUGCCGUACAUGCCUGUAGGAAUUGCUUCUUGGGCAGUUGGAGCUGUUAUGGGUCCAUCAUUUGGUCCAUUGAUUGGAUCAGUAUUGGUGGUGAGAGGGGGGCACGACGGAUACGAAUCAUGGAGAUGGCCAUUUUGGUUCAUGGCUAUCAUCAGUGGUACUUGUUUCUUAAUAUUAGGAUGGACGUUACCUGAAACGUAUGGUAAAGCAUUAUUAUACAGAAAGGCAAACCGAUUGAGAAGAAUCACAGGUAAUAAAAAUAUUGUUAGUGAGGGUCAUAUUGAAAACUCCAAACUUACUGUUAAAGAAUUGGCUAUUGAUUUGUUAUAUAGACCAUUUGAAAUUACGAUUCUUGAACCGGUUGUUUUGGCAAUCAAUAUUUACAUUGCUUUAGUAUAUUCAGUUAUGUACCUUUGGUUUGAAGCUUUUCCAAUUGUGUUUCUUGAUACUCAUCACUUUACUUUAGUUCAAAUGGGAGUCACUUAUACUGGUCUUAUGGUCGGUAUUGGAAUAGGAUGUGCAAUCUACAUUCCUUAUAUAUAUCAUAUAUUCACCAAGAAGAUGCUUAACGGUCAAGCCAUCACUCCGGAAGUGUUCAUGCCAAUGGCUAUCUUUGGAGCAAUUUUAAUGCCAAUUGGAAUUUUCAUAUUUGGUUGGACUGCAUCUCCAGAUAUUAAUUGGUUUCCACCAAUUAUUGGUGGUAUAUUGUUUUCUGCUGGUGCAUUUAUCAUUUUUCAAACAUUAUUCAAUUAUUUAGGUGCUUCAUUUUAUCGAUUUUUGGCCUCAGUAUAUGCAAGUAAUGCUCUAUUUAGAUCAGUAAUUGCUGGCAUGUUUCCAUUAUUUGGUAGACCAUUCUUCUUAAAUUUAGGAUCUGAAAGAUUCCCAGUGGGAUGGGGUUCAUCUAUUCUUGGAUUUAUUGCCUUUGGUAUGAUUCUGAUCCCAGUUUAUUUCUGCUUACAAGGUCCACAAUUAAGAGCCAGAUCAAGAUAUGCCAAUUAAAUGAUAGUAUGAGUUAGAUUGAUUUCUUUUUGUCCUCUAUAAUUGAUAUAUCUUUUAUAUAUGCUGUGAUAACUUAUUAUUAGUAGUAACUAAUCAAAUAAAUU